AUGAGCAUUCCAUAUGAUGCAAAGCGGCGUCUGCGUCUGUGCACCGAUUUUGAGUAUGCUAUGCCGGUUAUAGCAUAUUACAUCAAAUUGUCGUUGGUGGAAGAACUCUUGGCCCUAGAAGACAGAAAUACGGAGGUAGUGACGCAUGCCACGCGUCUUCUAGAUGAAAUCGAGGCAUUCAAACAGGGUAUGGACCCGGAAAAGCCGGAGAAACAGCUCUUAGAGGACCAGCAGCGCGCCAAAGUGUACUGCAUGAACUUUGUGCUGUCGCUGUACAACGAGCAGCUGGCCAAGGUACAGAGUGGGAGUACAGGUGGUGACUUGGCGCGGGCGCUGUGGUGCUGCUCUGAUUUGUUUGGGGUGGUAUUGGCACUGUGGGGACAGACACAGCUAACAGCAGAGGAGGCAGCGCAGUGUCAGAAACGAACCAAGGUAUGCAAGCUGUAUCUAAGCAAGCUUGCCCGAGGCGAACUGAAUGCGCCCGGGAAGGGGGAAGAUGAAACGUCCGUCGACGCCAGAGAGCAAGAGUACGAUGACCAGGACGAAACUAAUGAUAUUAACGAUGGAAACGAGGAACUCAAAGAAGAUGCAGGCCUUCAAGACAUCCCUGAACCCGCUAUGGACGCAUUUCUCAAAAGCCUGGAAGAAGAUUCUACUCUCGAACCAGAAGUGGAGCUCCCGGAAGAACCAAACGUGCCGGAUAUCAAGCAUGAACAGGACACAGACGAAUUAAUACGCAAAAUGCGAGAAAUCGACGCAAAUGAUGCAGAGACAGCCGCUGGAGCUAGUGAAGAAGGCGAUGUUGACGACAGCGCAGAGGCUAGUGCAGUCACUGACACAGAUUCCCAAGAUCCCGAACUGGCUUUGCCCAGCGCGCCUACGGAACUCAAUAGACCCGUUUUCGUGGAUGAGCCCCCAAGCUCGGGACCGGAAGCUCCGGAUAGUGUGAAGCAAAAACCUGUGCACUACAAUCGACAUGACUUGCAAACGAUGUGGAACCGCGAAGAUCAAAUUUCGCAAGUGCAAAAAACGGCACGGUUCGCCAUCAGUGCGUUGAACUAUGAGGACAUCACGACGGCCAGGUUGGAGUUGACCAAAGCGUUGAAACUGCUGGAAGAGAUCGACGAGUAG